CCUUGGCCAGCUUCGUUCGCCAGUCCAGCACCAGCACCAGCAGCACCACCACCAACCUCGGAGCUAGCCAAGACCGGCCGGAAGCUAGGGCUAGCCAUGUGGGACGGAGGCGUCGAGCACGGGAGCCAGGAGGCCGCGCACCAGCUGCUCCCGUGGCUCGGCGCGGCGCCCUUCUCCGAGCCGGCGGCCGUGGCGGGCCUCGGCGCCGCCAUGGGGGCCUACGCCUGCGACGGCGUCGGCGGGCUCGGGCAUGGCGGGGUGUUCGGCUUCGGUUUCGACGCCGCGGUGCAGCAGCAGCAGCAGCAGCAGCGCGCGGCGGACGGGAGCGGCAAGGCGGUGGUGGUGUCCGGGCUGCUGGGGAGCCUGCAGGCGGAGCUGGGGCGGAUGACGGCACGGGAGAUGAUGGACGCCAAGGCGCUGGCGGCCUCGCGCAGCCACAGCGAGGCCGAGCGCCGCCGCCGGCAGCGGAUCAACGGCCACCUCGCCAGGCUCAGGAGCCUUCUCCCCAACACCACCAAGACGGACAAAGCGUCGCUGCUGGCCGAGGUGCUGGACCACGUGAAGGAGCUGAAGCGCCAGACCUCGGCGAUGAUGGCGGCCACCGACGCCGACGCCGACGCCGACGACGAAGGCGCCGGGCGGACGCAGGCGCAGGCGCAGGCGCAGCUGCUGCCGACGGAGGCCGACGAGCUGUGCGUGGACGCGGGGGCCGACGGCGCCGGCCGGCUCGUGGUGCGCGCGUCGCUCUGCUGCGAGGACCGCCCGGACCUCAUCCCGGACAUCGUCCGCGCGCUGGCCGCCCUCCAGAUGCGCGCGCGCCGGGCCGAGAUCACCACGCUCGGCGGGCGCGUCCGCAGCUUGCUCCUCAUCACCGCGGACAGGAGAGCGGACGUCCAGCGCGGCGGCGGCGGCGGCGGCGGCGACGGCGACGACGACGAGGAGGAGGAGGAUGAGGAGGAGGGCGGCGAGCGCGCUGCCUCGCACCGGAGGCACGAGUGCAUCGCGUCGGUCCAGGAGGCCCUGCGCGGCGUCAUGGACCGCAGGACGGCCAGCAGCUGCGACACGUCGUCGUCUGGUGGCGGCGGCGGGAGCAUUAAGCGGCAGCGCAUGAACUACGGCGCGCAGGAGCAGUGUUCGGUGUAGCAUUCAUGCAUGCGCGCGCACACACACACACGGCGUUUUCCAGCAGCGUGGUAUCGAGCUGUGCGUCUUUAUGCUUUGCAUUGCAUUGCAUGGAUGCAUGAACGCAUAUAUAUCUGCAAGUUAUUUAGCGUAGCUACUUGCUAGUAUAAGUUUAGCCGUCGUUUCAAAAGCCUUUGGGCGCCAUGGUUUCUUCUUCGGGUAUAAUGGUGUGUGGUGCAUAUGCAUCAGUGCGUGGCAGCGGUAACUGCUUCAGGCUCAGCCAUUCAGUGGGGAGCGUUUUAUGUAUCCCUUUUGUAUGUUCAUGUUGUCACGCACACGGUACCGGUUACUGAUUUCUUGGAAUUGGGGGAAAUGGUGA